AUGACCUUCGUCAAGGCUUCAUUAUUGGAUCCAGUCGUGGAAAAAGUUGUUCACAUAAAUGCAACGCUCUCGCCGCACGGGGAUCCGGGGAUUUGGAAAAAGAAAACAAUAUGGAAACCACGUUGGGUUAAAGAAUGGAAAUCGGCGAAAGUUUUAAAACCGAGUUGGCGUAAAGUUUGGAGCCCCGUUUUUAUUAAGGAAUGGGUUCCCAUACCGAAACCCCCGCCGGAAGAUUGGGAAUCGAAAUCGACGCCGCUGUCGCCUUUGAAUUUAGGACCGGAUGGAAAAAUUCCACUUUGGGAUCCGAUGCCGUAUCCCGAAUCGCAACAACCCCCGCCCAUUCCGGAAUCGGACGGUUUUCAAUCCGGGUCUCAACCCGCAGCAUUGCCCCCGUUGAUACCACCGAAUUCGACGCCAUUCAAUAAGGAUCAUCAUCAUUAUCACCAUCAUCGUAAUAAUCAUCAAUGCGGUCAAAGCGAAUGCCACGAUAUUCCUGUUGACACGUUCACACUAGAACAAAUAUCAAAAAUAAUCGGAUCGAAUCGGUUUAAAAAAGCCGCGGAUUAUUCGUCGCCAGGUACUACUCAAUCAAUAACUGAUUUGUCAAAAAGUUCUGAUGAUUCGGAAAAAUGGAGGUCCCGCCGUGAAAAUUCUUUUCAGUUUCAGACCGGAAGAGGAUUUAACAACAAUUUACCCAAUCUUCCUCCAUUGUUUUUGGUUCCGCCGAAAUUUCUACCGCUUCCGAAUAAUAAUAUUUUAAAUAAUUUAAACCGGUUCACGAACAUCAAUCGACAGAGACAAGUUUUCAACGGUCAAACGCCCGUGAGAGAAAACGUUUCACCGACGGGGGGACAACUACGUCAGUGGACUCCGAUUUUUAAUAAUCAAAAUAGAAUUCCUAACAACAACCAAUUACAAAACAGACCGAGUAAAUUGGAACCCGUGAACGGAAAUCACCGACAGAACAAUAAUAAUAAUAAUAAUAAUAAUAAGGAUUUAAAAUCGCACAACAGGCAAAAUUCUCAAAACGGUCCGAAUUUUAUACAGCCCGCCGAAUUAGUGGGAGAGUAUCACUACAGCGAGCUGAACGGCGCCGUCAAUGGAACCAAUUUGAAAUUUAAACCUCUUCCGACAACGAGUCCAGUUUUUUUAAAUUUACAAGAUAAAAAAUCAUUGCAAGGUACUUCCAAGAUCAACAGUCUUCAUCCGACGACGAGGAACCGACAGCAAUCACAACCGGCACACAAUGUUCAAAACAAUCAUUUACUUCAAGGAGCAAUGAACGUUCGUAACCUUAAUAAUCACCCACCUCAACCAGCUGCCAAGGCCGACGGUAAUCGAUUACCUCAACCGGAAAUAAACGUUCGUAAUAAUAAUAAUAAUAAUAAUCAUCCGCAACAACCUCAACCAUCUGUGAAUUCGAUUCGAUUACCUCAAACGGGUCACCCAAACGUCAACGAUUACCGUCAACCACCACAGUCCGUCAACGGCCAAGUGUCAUCAUCAGACGUUGGAUCAAACAUUCCCGUGACAGGUAAGCCUCGACCGAUAAGAAAAGACGGUCAUACAAAUUUAAACGACUACCAAGUGCAAGAAGUGGAUAAGCAAGUUUACCGGACUCUACCGCCAUCGUUGAUUACGUCAUCACCCAUGCCGCCGGUUUCGAUGACUACGUCAUCUUCGCUACUACCUUCUUCAUCGACGACGACGACGACGUCGUCUUCGAAUUUCGAAGCGGAAAUAAUUCCAGUGAAUGACAUAACGGUGAACGUUUAUCCAGUGUACAAACCUGAAAACGCGAGUUCGAACGUGGCGGAUAAACUGAAAAACGAAAUAAUCGUUCGUAAUAAGAGUGACGUCAUUGAAAAUUCAAAAUCAUUCGUCGAAAGUAAAAUACGAAGGUUCGAAUUAUUUUAUCCGAAAACGAAUUCUUCGUUUAAAAAUCAACCCCUCGAAGAAUCCCUCAUAACCGCCCUGCAAAAAGUUUAUCCAAAAAAUCAAGAAAAAAAAUCAGAAGAAAAUAAAAAUUUCCAGGGUGAUGAAAUGGCGGCGGCGGUGGCGACGGUGGCGACGCCAACGACAACGACGGCGGAAUCCCCAACAACGAUAAGUUCAAAGGUCGAAAUAUUAACAAAAAUUCCAGUUUUCAUAGUGACUCCAACACGUCAAAAUCCUUCCAGUUAA